AAGUUUUCCUCUGCAGAACACUGCAUUGUGAAGACAUGCUUAAUGUUAUUCACUUCACCUGUCUCAUGGCUGUAGCUUCACAUUUAGCUUGAGAGAGGUAUUUAUCCUCUCAUCAAACUCUCAGGAUAAUGCAAAUAAGCGCAAUUGUCUAACUUUAGUAGUAUGUAAAGAAAUAUAUGACGUUGUGUAAAAUGUGUUCUGCAUGUUACAGUUUGUUUUUACUCUCAAACAUGUAGCUCUGAGUUAAUCAGAGCUGUGCUUAGUUAUUCUUGGAUUUAACUUAUUCAGGUUAUACCAGCUGAUUCAGUCCCACGACAACAGAAAUAGAUGAAAAACAAUUUAACUGCCAAUAGUUUACUUAGUAGUUUUCCAUGUUCCUUUAAUGGGUGUGUUUGUAAGCGAUUGUGUGUCCAGCACAUUACCGUGUUGCCUUCGGGGCCACUGUUAGUCAUUAAUCUUAGUGGUUAAUGGAUUUCAAAGCCUUCAGCUUGUUGCUAAAGCCAUACAUUGAGAGGAACAGGAGCAGUGAUUUGGGAGUGUGUGUGAGAAAGUGGUGGGGUGGCGUCAGGGAAGCCAUGACUGUUUUGGUUUUGCUGUGUGAGCAUGUGUUCCAGUGGGACACUUUACUGCCAUAGGGCUCAAGGGCACUGCGGCAGGCAGCGUCACAACAACGGCAGGGGGGAGGAGAGGGGAGGAAAUGGCAGUCUAAACUCAGCUCUUAAACAGGAAGCCACCCUGGUUCUCUCAUUGUUGUGUUUUUAUAGACUCAACUUCCUGCCAGCACGACCGCCCCUGUUACCAUGGCUAUAGUCCCUGUUGUUUAUGGGAUGGAUUGUAAAGAUCCUACAGUAGCAAGAUGGUCAUCACUGGCCAGAGUGUGACAUUUAGAGAAUAUGUAGUGUAAAAAAAGCCGAGAUGUUCUUGUUGGCCAACGGGGUCCACAAAGAGUGUAAAGGCUUUUGAAGUAAUAAAAUGGUAUUAGAAGCCUCCAGUUAUUUCUGGCUAACCUUUUGUGUUGGUCUGCACACUUUCAGGCUGAUUUCAACUUCAUUGUCUCUUAAUUCUGCUUGCAAUCUGACUUCAGUUUCAUUUAAAGGGAGUUUAAGAAGUCGUUUCUGUCUGCAGAAACCCUGAAGAAAUUGUACCUUUGCUCCCAGGCAAGGUGCUUCUGCUGUGUGAAUGAAAUGAUGAAAUCAACAGUUUGGUGUCGGACUGCAUCAGCAAAUAGAGACAGAGAUAUAGAGAGGGAGGGAGAAGAAGAAAGAGAAGGAGUUAAAGAAAAGAGGAUGUGGCCGACAGUAAAAGAUGACUGGAGGGGAGUGGAGCUCUCUGUCUAAUUAUAGAUCCUGCUGUGAGCUGGCUGAGGCAGAAGUGCUGCUGGGGUUUUCACAUAGCUGUAUAUUUACGAGACAAACACGGAUUGCUCCGUGGCGGUGCCGGUGUCGUGCGCGGCAUUGUUUCCCAUGGACCUCAGGGUGGGAGAGCGGGGGAUGCGCCCUGGUUCAGACACGGCGCUCCUCACCCCGCUGCACCCGCCUUUACUCCUCACCCCGUUCUCCCCUCAGCCCCGCACCUCCUUCUCUCAGCAACAACUUCACCAGCACAUACGGUUCAACAUGGAGCAGAGGAGGCGAGAGCAGGAGCAUCACGAGAAACAGGAGUUGCAGCAGCUCAAACACAAAGACAAGAGCCAGCAGAGUGCGGUGGCCAGUUCCCUGGUGAAACAGAAACUUCAGGAAGUGAUUCUUAAGAAGCAGAAACAAGCGGCGCUGGAAAGAACAAACUCCAACACCUCGAAUGCAGCUCCUGUAGCAUACAGAAAGCUGGGCCCAGACCCGAGUUUACCCUCCCAGACUCUGGUCUCGUCUCCAAUACAGCCUUCCUCUGAGGGUUCAGAGGGGACGCCGCUGCGCAGAGCAGCGUCUGAGCCCAAUCUGAAGGUGAAACACAAGCUGAAGAAACACCUGCAUACGCGCAAGAGCCCGCUCACCCGCAAAGAGAGUGCCCCACCUACUGUCAAACACAGAGUACCUGACACACUGGACUCGUCCCCCAGCAGCAGCAGCACUCCGGUCUCUGGCUGUAGUUCCCCCAAUGACAGUUUGCCCAGUGAGAAUGGUCUGCUGCCAUCUGCAGGCGGCCUCUCACAUGAGGCCCAGAAGCUGCUUCUCAGAGAUGGCACUCUAGCUAACUUCACCAUCCAAAGCCACUCCACUCUGCCCACCAUCACACUGGGACUACCAGCCAACGCCAAGGCUGAAGGAGAGCUUUCCUCUCUGAAAGUCAGCCGGGUGCCAGUGGUCACACCCGGGGGCUCGCCGGUCUUCCUCCCCCUAAGCAGAGAGGAUCAGGCUGGGCAGCUGAACCCUCACUUGCCUGUCAUCAUCCUGGAGCCCUCUGGACUGGUACACACUCCGCUACUCACUGUUCCAGGUCUGGACCCGGUCCCGUUACAGUUUGCCCCCCAGUUAGAUCACCUGGCUCCUGGAGGCGCUCAACCCCACAAGCCCUUGAGCAGAACACGCUCGGAGCCCCUUCCCCAGAGCCCACGUACCCUUCACACACAUCUCCUCCAACAACAGCAUAACACACAACUACUGGAGAGGCUCAAACAGCAAACUCACUUGGGCAAGCUGAUGUCGAAGUCCAGCGAGAAGCGCAGACUGCAUCAGAUUCCCUCUGAGGAUAUGGACUCAGAAGAUGGUGGUGGGACGUCGCCCCCAGAACCAACCUAUCAGAGCAGAGUGAGGGCUGAGUCACUGAGGGAGGCGGAGCCAACAGCAUCCAAGAGCCAGGAAGAGCAAAUGAACCUGCAGCAUGCACUCAUACUCAACCAGUCGUUGCUAUGGGAACAGCAGAAGCAGCUGCAGCAGCUGCAUCGACAGAUGGAGACCCUGGCAGUGCCCAUGUUACGCGGCGGUGUUGGUAGCGGGUUGGGUGUCCAUCGCCCCCUGUCACGUACACAGUCAUCCCCGGCCUCCACCUCUCUCACUCUGCCUGAGAAACCCCUGAGCCUGGCUGCACAGGAUACCAGCAGCAAACCCCGCUUCACCACUGGCCUGGUGUAUGAUUCUCAGAUGCUGAAGCACCAGUGCACGUGUGGAGACAACAGCAGUCACCCAGAGCAUGCUGGAAGGAUACAGAGCAUCUGGUCCAGACUACAGGAGAGAGGCCUGAGGGGACAGUGUGAGAGUAUUCGUGGUCGUAAAGCCACUCUGGAGGAGCUGCAGUCAGUCCACACGGAGCGCCAUGUGUUGCUCUAUGGCACCAAUCCGCUCAACAGACUCAAACUGGACAACCGCAAACUGGCUGGAAUCCUCUCACAAAGGAUGUUUGUGAUGUUACCAUGUGGUGGUGUUGGGGUUGAUAAUGACACCACCUGGAAUGAGUCCCACACCUCUACGGCAUCACGCAUGGCAGCGGGCAGUGUUAUUGAGCUGGCUUUCAGAGUGGCCAAAGGAGAGCUAAAGAACGGCUUUGCUGUGGUCAGACCACCAGGGCAUCACGCAGACCCCUCCAAUCCAAUGGGUUUCUGUUACUUCAAUUCUGUAGCCAUAGCUGCCAAGCAGCUCCAGCACAAGCUCAGCGUGAGCAAGAUCCUCAUUGUGGACUGGGAUGUUCACCAUGGCAAUGGCACCCAGGAAGUGUUCUACAGCGAUCCCAGUGUGCUCUACAUUUCGCUUCAUCGCUACGAUGACGGAAACUUCUUCCCCGGCAGCGGGUCGCCAGCUGAGGUUGGUUCUGGAGCAGGUGAAGGCUUUAACGUGAAUGUGGCGUGGACAGGAGGACUGGACCCACCCAUGGGAGAUGCUGAGUACCUCGCUGCGUUCAGGUCUGUGGUGAUGCCCAUCGCCCAGGAGUUCUCCCCGGAUGUCGUUCUGGUGUCAGCUGGGUUUGAUGCCGCUGAGGGAAACCCUGCUCCUUUGGGAGGGUACAAGGUCUCUGCAAAAUGUUUCAGCUUCCUGACCCGCCAGCUGAUGUCUCUGGCAGGAGGUCGUCUGGUUUUGGCCCUUGAGGGAGGUCACGACCUUACGGCUAUCUGUGAUGCAUCUGAAGCGUGUGUCAGUGCGCUCCUGGGAAUACAGGAACCACUGGCAGAAGAAGUCCUACUCCAGAAGCCCAACGCUAACGCAGUCCGCUCCCUGCAGACUGUGAUACAGAUACAAAGUCAGUACUGGCAGAGUGUUAAGGCUUACAGUGGAUCAGUGGGUCUGUCCUACCUGGCUGCUCAGAGAAGAGACUGUGAGGAAACAGAUGCUGUCAAUGCUUUGGCCUCUCUUUCUGUGGGAGUUCUCUCUAAUAAGAACCUCCCUGACGAGCCAAUGGAGCAUGACAGUGACUCCAUGUAGAAGAAUCUGACCAGUCACCUCACACAACUCCCUUUCAGGAUUUUGGCCCCACCUGUAGCCUUGGAUGUCUUGUACUGUCACAUGACCAUCAAGGGGACGUGUUUGUAAUGCCGCUGAGCCCCACCCAUUUUGCCUUAUUCACACACAUACACGUCCACCAUCUCACAAUGCUGAACCUCUACAGACCUGCCGCAUGAGCACCUCAGUGCUGGUAACUGAAACCAGCAACACUACCUGCAACUGGGAAACCUUCUGAGACCUCACCAAAGAGCGAUACCAGAUGAUUUUUUUUUUUAUUGACUCCUCAUGUUGCCUGACUGACAUUAUGGAUUUCGUGUGUGUUCAGAGGUCCAGUACCAACCUUCAAAGAAUAGACAGAAUUGGGAUGCAGAGUCCAGCUCUGAUUCUUCUUGAAGCACUAUGUACCAGCGGCUGUAUUGUUGCCUUAACUUUGCCUUAAUGUAAGGACCAACAUCAGGUUUCAAAAGGAGGAGAAUUUGGAUUUGAAAUUCCUUUCUCUUCUGCCACUUUGCUUCCCACAUCAGAGUUGAAGCAAAUGCAGACCAAACAGGAUGCAAAAUGACUGACAAAUGGCAGAAUGAACCUAUGACAUCAAGUGAAAGCAUGUGCGCUUACAUCUGAUGUGUUAGAUGCAAAAAUAUCAACAAGAAGUGGCCACAUCACAAAGAAAGAAUGUGGAGAGAAAAAAGACAUGGAGAUUGUCUGUUCAAUGAUGCCAUUACAUGCAGUUUAACCACUAAAAGUAGACAACAAAGAACUCAAGGGGAAGAGAGAAAAUGAAGACACGAAAUGGACAACUGUGGUUUUGUAGAAACAAAGAAGAGGCAAAUGCCCUUGUUGUGUUAUUGCACUGUUCAUUCCAUAAUGUGAACUAUAAGAAAUUCCAAAGCUCUGGGAAAAAAAAUAACAAAACAACUCCUCUCUAUGGGUCAUUCAGUAGUUUUUUGAAGACUUGGAUGAAAUGAUGUGUUACUUUUACUAUACUUUUCCCAUUUCUCAUCUGAGAAGUCUUACGAAGUCGUCGUCAGAGAUGUCUUAUGAAGUCUCACUUUAAGGACAUGUAUGGGUCGAAAUACCGUUGUAUUUCCUUUGAAGUUAAUCUUAAAAGUAGGCAAAAUUUUAAGAGCAGGAUUAUUUUUCACUGCUGUUCAGUGUCUUAGAUGCACACACAUACACACACCUAAACACAUAAGUACAAAGUGAUAAUGAACUAUUGUUGUACCACUAGUAUUGAAUACUGUAUAUUAUUGUUUAUAUUUGAGACUAAAGGAGCGUUCAUUCCACUGUGGCACCACUGAGGACCAUUGUAUUGUUCUAUAGUAGCAAUAAUGUUAAUGCACUUAAUGGACAUCACCCAAAGAAAACUGCCUUAAAACAGCCUGCAUUUGGCAGGCUGUAUGGAAGCAACACAAGGGACCAGUAUGGAUACUGCUCUUACAGUGACUCUACUUUCAGAAGACAAUAUUCAAACCUGUGGAUUUAGGUGAACAUCAUAUAUACAGACUUUUGUAUACUAUUUGUUUGAUGAUGAAUACAGUGACCAGGCCUGGUUUGAAUGCUAUCUUCAUUAUCUAAAAAAAGCAGUUUUGGAGUUCCAGCUUUAUCAGUGUUUAAUUAAGGAAACUAAGGCGUUUUGUGAACUGAGUGUUUUUCCAUGAGAUCCUUCUCUGCAAGUGUGCUUAGUAGCUCUUCUUGUUAGAAUCAACCUAAACAAUGCCAUACGAAACAGUCCAUCAUCUUAGCUGAUGUUUGCCGUAGAUGUUGAAGUCAUGCUGCUUAUUGAUUUGAAUCAUUUCCUGACUGCCCUGCUGCAUGGGCAUGUAAGGGCUCUGCAUUCCAAAAGCAAAAAAAUAACAACUUCUUGUUUCUUAGUUUUGAGGUUAUUGUAUAAGCAAAACAAGGCUUUUUGAUGGCCAAUACUAAUGUUUUUAGAUGAGUUCAUCAGAUAGCCUAGAUAGUCUAAAAAUUGAAUUUGUGGCCAAAAUAACGCUCACUUCUCUGUUUUAUUCUAAUAAUUGUACUAAUUAGAGUAUUAAAAGCAGCUAGACACUUAAACUGUCCAGUAAAAAAAUGAGACUCACAAAAGUGACUAGUUGGUUGCUCCAGUCCUGGCUCUGUCUAGGAAUUGUUGCUUUAGAGCUUUCAUUUGAGUUUUUACAUCCAAGAUUGGAUUUAAAGCAGCACAGUCUGUUUUCCGGCUGUUUUGAUAAAGAGAGACUUCAUUUGGUGUAUGUGUGUCAAUGCAGCUUUUGUAACAUCUAGAACUGAAAUGAGCAAAUGUGCACAGCAAGUUAAUUUGACUAGCUGAAAGAAGUUCUGUCAGCUUAGCAUUUAGGUAGGAAACUGUAUGAGUGCUGAGUUUGAUUUAGUCAGACCCUGAGCAUCGUCUGCUCAACAGAAGGCCUCAGCGCUUUUAUAUUGAAACAAAACAAAACAAAACAAAACAACAAAAACAAAUAAACAAAAAAACAUGACAAAAUGCACCAAAAGAUUUUGACAUUACAGAAAUACCACUGUGGUUGCACUACUGCUCCAUCCCAGUAGCAAUUAAAGAAAACACAUAGAGGACUGGUGCUCUGCAAUGGGACAUUCAUAGUGUUGUUCAUAGUAUUCCUAACAGCAAGUGGCAGCACUAAACAAAAUGCUGUGUCUCUCUUGUACAGUGUGCCCAGCAGGUGCAUGUGGUGUCUAUGAAGUAAAUGUUGUCUGAGUGUAUAUGUUUGAGUGUGAGAGAGGUGGUGAUUGCAAACGCAGUAGUACAUAUGCAGACUUCUGUCAUGUGUUUUGUGCAGGCAUUUGCAACUGUUAUUGUGUGUGUGUGUUUUGUCUGUCAUACUGUAAAUGACCUCUCCUGUAUUAUAUUUCAGUUGCUGUUCUUUUGGGGGGGUCUUAUGUAGAGGCCAGUAUUGCCUCAAUUCUUAAUUCCCUUUAUUACUGAUGUCAUUUGUACCUUAUCCUUAAAGAAAUACACUGUAAAUAGAAACUCAAAGACCAAAAUACACAUGACAUACGUGCCUUGAUGCCUUAAGUAGUAUGUGUAUUGGUAACGCUUAACUAACUGGACUUACAGUAACUCUGUGUCUAUAAACCCGACAUUGAAAUCUUUGUUUCAUGCUAUUCUGUAUUAUUUACCUGUAUGUGUUACUUUUUUCUUCACAUUUCCUACCGUGUCUAUGUAUAAAAGAAAGAUUGUCUAUUUUGUACUGUUAUUUUUGUCUUUUCUUCCUGAUUAAAAAAAAAAUUACUUCCAU